AGGCAAAAGUUGAAUUGAAUUUUCCUUUUUUUGGACUAAUGGGGGAGACAUGUCGAAGUGGAAGCUUCCUCGUUCAUUCCAAUUUGGAUUUUUAAGAAUUUUCUGUUAUGGAAAAUUUUUAUCGUUUUCCUUUUGCAUCUUGACUCAACAUUGAUGAAGACCUUGGUCACAGGCAUUAACAGUGAGAGGUGAAGAAUGCAGCUUCCUGGUUCGUGCCUUCCAAGUCAAUUCUCUGGAAAGAAAACGACAUUUCGUUUGUUUCAAGAAAUAAUUAUUAAUUUCUUAUGCACACAAACCAAUCAUAUUUAGAGCCUGCCUUGAACGUCAAUAACUUUGCUUAAUUAUAAAACGCGGCUUUAUUUUCUUUGUUCUUCCCACCUCCAUCGGUCAAUCAACAUCCUAUUGUUCAUUAAUUCAUUUGAAGAAUCAAUCUUGCCUCCUCCGUCUGUCUCCAAUCCAAGAAAAGCUUCACAAAAGCAUAAGCAAUGGGCCAAAAAGAUGAGCCUGCCAUCGGGGUUCCUUACUACGCCGGCCAGAACCCGUACCAAGCCGGAGCCAUCCCACCAAACGCUGUCUUCGGCGAUCCAAAGGGAAUUCCGAUUCAACAGACGAUGUAUCGGGACACUCCUGCUCCGUUUAACUGCACUUUCUGUGGUAAUUCUGGACUUACUGUCGUCAGAUCAAAACCUAGUCUGGCAGCUGUUGUCGGUUGUAUGAUGCCAUUUAUGCUUGGAAUAUGCUUUCUUUGCCCUUCGAUGGACUGUCUCUGGCAUAAAUAUCACUAUUGCCCAAGCUGCAAAGAAAAAAUUGCGGACUUUGAGAAACCAGAUCCUUGUUUAGUCAUGGAUCCUCCCCAGUGGACACAGCAGAGCUUUGCAUUGCCUGCAUGAGCUGAUUAUUUUCUACUGUUCUUGGAUGAAAUUAUAUGCUUGUCCUGUGCCUUGCCAUUUUUUUUGCUGUACUUCCGAGUUACCUAGUGUGAGCAAGGAAUUGAAUUGUAAAGAGAGACUGGUGGUAGUACAUAUAUAUUUUUAGAAUGGUGUGAUCUGCUGUCUAUAAUUUCUGAAAAAGGCAUUUUAUUAAGUGUUCUUUUUUUUUU